AUGGCACCGACGAUCGAAGCGCUGGACCAGCCUCGCAAGAAGCGAUGGGCAGCCAAGGUCAAGACUGGCUGCUUUAGUUGUCGGAGACGCCGUAUAAAGUGUGACGAAGGCAAGCCGCAAUGCAAGAGCUGUGUGAAACGAGCUUGGGUCUGUGAGUAUCCAGCCGGAAUGCAUAACCCCCAACGGCGUCCGCACAUGCUGGCCCCAGCAAAUGUGCGCGGUCAGCAGGUGCCAAUGCUUGAGGGCGAAGCCAAGUCGAUGGUGGGCAUAUCAAACCUAGUGUACCUUAUGCCGCAGAUCAUUGGUCUUCAAGGAAGCUCGAGCGAUACGUCAAUGUCGUCCAUCAUUCGCCUUACAACGACAUUGUACCUGACGUUUCUGCCAAACCGUGCUGGUAAACACACGGCGCUGGAUUCUGCAGUCCGGUGUCUUGCGUUGGCUGCACAGUCAUUCUACUCGAAUCGACGACGAACGAGUGCGGGAUAUGGCGUCGCUGGCCAGGAUGCCGGGCUUUUCGAAUCUUACAACCAAGCGCUGAUGCAUCUACAGCAAGCUGUGGCAGAUCCUGAAGAAAGCCUUGCUGGCGAAACAUUGUGCGCGACGGCGCUUCUAGGCUCUUUUGAGUCGUUCAUCAGCUCAAAGCCAUAUGCUGACCAUAUCAGACAUCUGCAAGGCGUCGAAGAGAUUAUCAAGCACCGCCAACCACACCGGUUCAUGACGAGAAUGGAGCUGCAGCUGCUUCAAUGCCAUAUGGUUUACAUUAUUUGCGGAGCCUUCUUUGGCAAUCGACCAUGCUUCUUAAACCACAAAGAAUGGCGGCCGGUAAUCAUUGCCAUUGGGAGACUGUCUCCCGAGCUCAAGAUCAACAUGGACUUUUUCCUCUACGCCUGCCCAAUCUUUGAGCUCGUCUAUGAAAUCAGCCAGUUUGUCAUGGAACGGCCCGUGUCGCCGACUAAACGCGGAAUGCUCCUGAAGCGAGUGAUUCAAAGCGGCGAUGCGUUUAACAAAUGGUACCGCCAAUUCGAUGUCGGGGGCGACAAGCUAGCGGCCAUUACCAGCUGCGUGCAGAUUGAUACGAUGCAAAAGAUGUGCGAGCGCGGAACCACGUAUAACCCGUACCAGAGCAUCAGCAUCAGCCAGUGCAUGAUCCUUAUACAGAACCGGCUGCGCGUAGCCUUGGGCAGCAAUGACGCAUACACCAUGGAAUCCGCAUCUCGACUCAUGGCAGCGAAGCUGUGCUAUGCGGCAGGGCCCGAUGGAAAACGCCAAGUGUGGAAGACACCUCUGUCUGGCAACGUUAUCCCGGCGAUCCUGGCGACAGGAGAGGACUGGGCUGCGCAUGCGCUCAAGGUGAAUUAUCAGCCAGAAGCGCUUGACGCGGACGAGGCUGUGAUUGGAAAGGAUGCCUUUUGGCGGUGGAUGACGGCGAUGAAUAUCGGCAAGGACGCCAACAUUCUGGACAUGUGGAAUGACUAUGCGUCUGAGAACUGGGUGGACGAGGAAUGA